AUGCGUGCCGUUCAUUCUGGGCUGCCUCUGCUGUGUUUACUUUCCGCCGGGGUGGACGCCGCCGUGAAACCAGUCGCAGUCAAUGGCCCCUCCCUGACUCUGUUAUUCCAAAAUUCGCUCAACCACACCGAAAACGCGCUCUCUCCUGGUGGCUUCAUCGUUAUCUCCGAUGUCACAGGGCACUCUGCUACAGUUGCUUGCCAGAGUCUGUCGGAAACCCCUGCUGUAGCUCGGUCACUGUCCGCCACGGCUUCGCAGGACCUGGUCGAUCUCCUACGCUUCCAGGGUGGCACAUCACAACGAUUCUGGAUUGGCGAUGAAUCCAAUAACUCAAAGGCGCUCGGUUUUUGUCAGACUGUACAAGUCACAAACAAUGGGCUUCGGUUCGCUGCAGCGCCCUGCUCGAGCCAUCUACCAGCGGUGUGUUCGCAAAGCGCGCCCUUUAGUAAUGCGAGUACUCGGGACACGUCCGCUCAAUUCCAGAUAGCGGUGAACAGUCGUGGAAAGCGGUUUACUGGGUGGGAGCUAUACUACCGCGAUUUCGCUUCUUUUAGGUUUCUCGGGAUUCCGUAUGCCAAUCCUCCAAAGAGAUUUGAACACUCCACGCUAUAUUCAGGCACCCAGCGUGAAUUCGACAGCACUCGACCUGGAGCACACUGCGUCCAAGCAGGCGACUCGAACGUCUCCGAAGACUGCCUAUUCUUGAAUAUCUUCACACCAUUUUUACCUGGGACGGAUGGAAGAAGCGUUAAGCGGAAGCCCGUCAUGUUUUGGAUUCAUGGUGGCGCGUUCACUGGUGGCACUGGGUCUGACGCCACGUUUGACGGCGGGUCGUUGGCCUCUCGCGGCGACGUCGUGCUCGUCACCAUCAAUUAUCGCCUGUCAACUCUAGGCUUCCUCGCUCUCGAUGAUGGUGUCGUCAACGGGAAUUACGGGCUUGCGGACCAAAUCAUUGCCCUGAAAUGGGUACAACAACAUAUAGCUGAUUUCGGGGGCGAUCCUGGUCAGGUUACGAUUUUCGGACAGUCGGCGGGCGCAGCUUCCGUACGCGCCCUACUUGGUUCGCCGAAGGCCAAAGGGCUCUUCCAUGCAGCCAUCCCUAUGUCAAAUUUAGCAGGAGCAAAUUACGCCACGACGUACAGUAAAUACUUCACGAUCGAAGAGGAGGCGGCAACGGUCGCUCGACCGAUCAUAUCAGAAAUAGGCUGUGCGAACGACGAUCCUGCCGCAGUCCGGGCGUGCUUAUUAGCGGCCCCUGCAACACAGCUGGUUUCCUUGCCAGAUGUGGCUAGGUUUAUCGUAGUAGAUGGUACUUUCAUCACGUCUGAUGGUUUACAGCUGAGUGGGAAGGCUCCUGGUGUCAGUAAAGUGCCGACCAUGUGGGGAUGGAUGGCGUUCGACGGAGCACCGUUCAUAGGGUUCCCAAAGGAUGGGCAGACGCUAACACAAGCCCUCACCAGCCUCUUCGUGACGAACGAGACGGUGGCCGAAGAGAUUGCUCAAAGCUCCAGCCUUUUCCCUAUUCCAUCCACCACGAAUCAUACUCUGGAUAUUUUCAACGUCACGUCGAGGAUCACGACCGAUCUCGAGUUCAGGUGCCUCGACCAGGCCACGGUGUUUGCGGCGGUCAGAAACGAUGUGUUCAAAAGCGUGCAUAUGUAUCAAUUCGAUCGCUCAUAUCAGACACCAGGUUUCAGCCCCAACCCACCGACAUGCGAAGCUCCCAUUACCACCUCACAUCCCUUCGGCGAUCCUAGCCUACCGUAUUUACAGUGCCACUCGGGCGAGCUCUACUACGUCUUCGGGACCCUUGGACAAUUUCCACUGCCGUUCAGAGAUAAUGACGACUUGGGAUUCAACCAAUUCAUUCUGGACAGUUGGGCGUCGUUUGCGCGCACUUUCGAUCCAAACCCCUCGGAAUCGUUCUUACAGGCGAGAGGCUUCGACGGGACGUUACUCCGUGUGAGGCAGCAGAGGAGUAAAUGGCAGAAAGUAACCAAGACGAAUUUGAACGGGAGUCAGAUCCUUCGGCGUUUGAACUUGCAAACGGGGGCUAGUAGUUUCCUGGAGAAAGCCCAGUGUGAAUUCCUAGGCUUUCCGCUAGAUUUCUACCUUUAA